GGACUCGAGCCGUUAUCUCGAAAAUUGGACCAUGUUCACACCGGCCCAUUUGUUUUGGUGCGAGGGUUCGGAGAGCGGACGAAGCUCGCGGUGUGAAAGGUUGCGAUUUGGGCCGAGUCCCGGCGUAGGGUUUACUCGUCUGGCUUGGCGUGGAUUUGGAUGUGGAUUUGGCUUUUGGGAUGCGAGUGAUGUGAGGCGACAGACGUGGUCGAUUCCAAUCGUUCGUGUGCGAGCAUUGCGAUGCAUUAGCACGACGCGAGGAGGCAUAGCUGGUGGGCAUGUCGGUGACGGAUUUGGAAUUCACGGCGUUGCUUUUGCACUCGAAAUGGCAGUGCUUAUGGUAUGAGCGACUCGUGCCUCAUUCCGGCCCCGCACUCUUCAUCACUCUCCCUGCAGGAUGAUUGGGCUUCAGUUGGUGCGAGCCUCUACUCAUCCGUCACCGGGCUGCCUGCGCCGAGGAAUUUCAGGGGUCCUGCAUGUUUCUGGGAAUGUGAAGCCGACGAAAUGUCUUGUGUGCGCGCGGUCUAUGGGCACCGCAAAGGUGUUCGCAUUGACCUCGGAGGUUUCAACAAGUCAAGAAGAAGCGUUCAGGAUCUUAAUGGUGGCAGGCGGAACUGGAGGCCAUAUUUACCCCGCCAUAGCUAUCGCCGAUGAGAUCAAGAAUCUCAAUAAAACAGCGCAGGUUCAGUUUGCCGGCACGAAGGAUCGCAUGGAAUGGUCGGCUGUUCCUCAAGCUGGUUAUGAACUCUCAGUCGUUCCAGCUGUGGCAAUUCGACGGCCAUUCUACUCUCUGCAGAAUCUGCUUGUGCCCGCGAAGUUGCUAAUCGCUAUGUUCGCCUGCUGGAAGUUGCUCAAUCGAAUUCGCCCCCAUGUGGUAGUGGGAACAGGGGGUUAUGUCUCCGGUCCAUUGUGCCUCGCAGCUGCCAUAAGUGGGUUUCCUGUUGUUAUACAAGAACAGAAUGCUUAUGCAGGGAUCACCAAUCGCCUUUUGGGUAAAAUAGCGCAAACAAUUUUUGUAGCAUUCUGGGCUGCCACCGCGUACUUCCCCAAAGACAGGUGUAUGCUCUAUGGGAAUCCAACUCGAGUGGAACUGCGUCAGUACGUCUCUGCGGCGGUGGCCCGUCGCUACUUUUUCCCACUGGAUGAACGACGCAUUGCAGAUCAUGGUCAUUAUUCGGAAAAGAGGAAGAAGAAAGAAAUGGUAUUGAUUUUGGGAGGGUCCUUGGGCGCGCUGGCUAUCAAUGAGGCGGUGGCUGAUAUGGCAGUAAAAUCGCUGGAGGAAAAUUCUGAAAGACAUAUUAUUUGGCAAACUGGACCGAAGUACUACGAGGAGAUGGUCCAACGAGUCGGCCAAACACACCCUCGGCUGGCAAUAUAUCCAUACGUGAGCGCAAUGCACAUGGCUUACGCUGCAGCAGAUUUGGUAGUUGCUCGUGCUGGUGCAAUCACGUGCAGUGAGUUGCUGGUUACUGGCAAGCCAUCAAUUUUGAUACCCUCAAGAAAUGUCGCCGAGGAUCAUCAAACGAAGAAUGCCGAGGCUAUGGCAGAAGGAGGGAGUGCAAGGGUGCUCUCAGAGAGUGCUUUAAGUUCGUCUUCAUUGGCUUCCAUGAUAGAUGAGCUCUUAGGUGACGAUGUUUUGCUCACAGACAUGAUGGAAAAGGCCCUCAGAGCAGCGACACCUGAUGCUUCCAAUCAAAUAGCUCAACAUAUCAUUCGUCUUGCAAACAAACGUGUAUCAGGGGUUAUGGCUUAAACUCAUGCUGUAAGAGGCUUUUCACGAAAUAUUUUGCAAUCAAGGAGUCAAAUUAUGAUGUUCGUUGGUCACGAGUCUGAACAGACUCGUAUCAACGUCUACUGGGUUGAAUGAGCAUAGACCCGAGUGCUUUACUUGGAAUGAUAUGAUACAGUGGAAGCCAUCCAUUAGCGGCUUCUAUUGAAUGCAUCUCUUGAAGGUAAAUCUUGGACGUCUAUGAAUUUGCACAUCCUUCAAACCCAGUCAACAGUGUACAUCGCUUGUAUUCAAAACUCGUACUUGGCCCCUCUAAUGAAGUGAUUUAUAAAAGUGAUACAUCUAUCUAUGUAGUUUAGCAUGUGUUCCAGGUUAUACUGCCAAUUUUGUUUGCAUAGAGAGUUUACGACCCCUUAGUUUUUGUAGCUUGUGAUGUAUUCUUUCCACUGCUUGGUGGGUCUAGUGAGGGGUACGCAAGGAACGCACCAUAUACUUUUUUUGUGUGGAGAAAGGACUUCGGUCGGCGGAAAGUAAUGCUGUGAUCAUAAAGAGGGAAACAGCUACGCUGAUGAGGUCAGUGGGGAAAGGUGGUGCCUUGGGUGUUCACCACACUGGUAAUCGAUUGGUCCUGGGCAUCGCACUUAUAACCAGACUAGUCCGUUCUGCAAUUUUUUUCUAGUGAUAAGACGUCAUAAGAUGCAAUUUCAGCAAUGCUCUUCGCACAUGAGAGCAUGUUGCUACACAUCACGGUUUUUAUUAUUACUUUUUAUUAUUAUCACUGUCACGCCCCGCUGAACCGCAGGUUGUGACUGUUCGAGC